AAACCGAUCGAGAACUACGAAGACGUCGAUCUGUCGUUCUCCUAUCGAAAGGCGGACUGCACCGGUCUCAGGUACGCAUUCUCUCGCCCUUAGUGAGAAUUCGUCAAACGAACGAUCUCUUUCUCUCUCUCGUAGGCACAUGGGAGCGUUCGCCAUUCUGCGGAAGAACAUGCGAGAGGCGAACGAGCUGUGCGAGGAACAACUGUUCAGCCCGCCCAUCGAGCAACUAAUCUCAAGGAACAAGAGUUUCGACGCGGUGAUUAUAGAACAGUUGUGGUACCAGUGCUAUUACGCCCUUGUCAAGCAUUACAACUCGCCGGUUCUAAUUGGAUUCCUGAGCGUUGGGAACUUGCCGUACGUCAUGGACUCGGUCGGGAACCCAGACGACCCGCUUUUGAACCCGGACAUGGCCUACCCUUUCACGAACGAAAUGAGCCUGGACGAGCGUAUCUGGAACAUCCUUUACACAACGUGGACUAGGAUAUACUACAGGUACUGGCAUUUACCUAGGGCUCAAGAGAUCGUUAACAAGUGGAUGCCUGACGUCUCGAUCGAGGACAUCGACAGAAACUUUAGCCUAGUGAUACUGGGAAACAAUCACGUAUUCGGAUAUCCGAAACCACUGCUGCCAAACGUAAUCGAGGUUCACAGUCUCCAGAUCACGGAGAAAAGGGAGACCUUGCCCAAGGACAUUGAAGAAUUCCUAGACAAGGCGGAGCACGGGGCGAUCUAUUUCUCCCUAGGCUCGAAUCUGCAAACUCAUCAGUUGCCAGUCGGCCCUUUGACCGCAUUGUUGAACGCGCUUGGCUCGCUCCGGCAAAGAGUUCUGUGGAAACACACCGGAGACAUGGCCAUUCAUCCAGCCAACAUCAAAUUUGUGAAGUGGGCACCGCAGAAAGCGAUUCUCGCACACCCGAAAGUGAUGGUCUACGUGAUGCAAGGUGGAUUGCAGUCGUUGCAAGAGGCGGUGCACUAUUCUGUGCCGGUAGUGGCCAUUCCCUUUUUCGGAGAUCAACUUUUCAACGCGCGUAAAAUUCGGGAUGCUGGUAUCGGACUCGCACUGAACAUCGAUACCGUCACCGAAGAAUCCAUCGUGCGAACCAUCACCCAAGUCGUAGAAAAUAAAACAUACUAUGACAAUAUUAAAGAGAUGUCGGAAAUUAUAAAGGACGAACUGGUAAAGCCAAUGGAUCGUGCUAUAUGGAAUGUGGAGCACGUGAUCAAAUUUUCUAAAUCGAAACAUUUACGUUACUACGGCCACGAUAUAUCGUUGAUAAAUUACUAUGGAACGAUAGCGAUCCUUGUCCUACCGUUAAUUUUCAUAAUAUACUGCGUUCAUUUGCUAUUGAAUUAUUUGAGAAGUAGAAAGGGAUACAAUUGCAUGAAAGAUAGAAUUAAAUUCUAUGUAAAAUCGAAAUUUGAAUAGUUACGAUAUAUUUUGAUAGAAGGAGAUAAUUGUAAAUUCUCUACUAUUAAAUUUGAUUUAAUUAUGAUUAGCUACGACUAAAUUUUGAAGUUAGUCAUUAA